CCCGCCCGCAGGUUGAGCCCGGGCCGGCGCGCGGGGCCUUGUGGGAGGGCUUAAGGAAGUAAAAUGGCGGACCUGGCGAACGAAGAGAAGCCCGCCCUUGCUCCACCCGUCUUUGUGUUUCAAAAGGAUAAAGGACAAAAGUCCUCUACAGAGCAAAAAGGCUUGUCGGAUUCGGGUGAGGAGGCUGAGGCUCCCCACCAAGGCCCGGGUCACCCCCCGCCAGCUGGUGAGCGGGCCCUAGAGCCUCCUGGCCCCGCUAGCACUUCCUCCAGCACUCCUCCGCCUCCCGCUCCUGAAGCCCGGCUUCCUCCUUUGCCGCAAGAACUGGCAGGGAGGUCAGCUGGCGGCUCCAGUCCCGAGGGGGGAGAAGAUUCCAACAGGGAAGAUGGCAACUACUGCCCGCCCGUCAAACGGGAAAGAACGUCCUCGCUCACCCAGCUGCCACAUGCCCAGCCAGAAGAGAAGAGCAGCGGGUUCCGGUUGAAGCCGCCGACGCUGAUCCACGGCCAGGCGCCCAGUGCAGCCUCUUGUGUUGCAGGUCUGCCGAGCCAGAAGCCCAAGGAACAGCAGCGGAGUGUGCUGCGCCCAGCUGUGCUGCAGGCCCCGCCGCCCAAAGCCCUGCCGCAGAGCAUCCCAAACAGUGGCACCAACGGGGUCAGCAUGCUAGCAGACUGCACAGGGGCACCGGUGGCAGCCUCGCCUGACAGCCCUGCGCGAAGGAGCCCCUCGGAAUAUGGCGAUGACGCCCACACACUCGAGGAGCAGGAGUCCCAGAGAAAGGAGCCGAGCAGGACUUCGGAGGAGGACAACUGUGAGAAGAGAGAGCAGGUUGCACAGCAAGCCUUCGUGUUCGGGCAGAACCUGAGGGACAGGGUGAAGCUGCUCCAUGAGAACGCGGACACAGCCGACGCCGACAGUGCCGGGCAGCCCAGCUCGGACACACCAGCCGCAACCAACUACUUCCUUCAGUACAUGAGCUCCAGUUUAGAGAACUCGACCAACAGUGCCGACUCCCCCAGCAACAAAUUUGUGUUUGGCCAGAACAUGAGUGAGCGUGUCUUGAGUUUCCCCAAACUGAACGAGGUCAGCUCAGAAGCCAGCAGGGAGCACGCUGCCGCUGAGUCUGGGUCCGAGUCCUCGUCCCAGGAGGCCACCCCCGAGAAAGAGUCCCUGGCCGAGUCGGCUGCCGCGUACACCAAGGCCACGGCGCGCAAGUGUCUGCUGGAGAAGGUGGAGGUCAUCACGGGGGAGGAGGCAGAGAGCAACGUGCUGCAGAUCCAGUGCAAACUGUUUGUCUUUGACAAGACCUCGCAGUCCUGGGUGGAGAGAGGCCGGGGGCUGCUCCGACUCAACGACAUGGCAUCAACAGACGACGGGACGCUACAGUCCCGGCUGGUGAUGCGGACCCAGGGCAGCCUGCGGCUGAUCCUGAACACGAAGCUCUGGGCGCAGAUGCAGAUCGACAAGGCCAGCGAGAAGAGCAUCCGUAUCACGGCCAUGGACACGGAGGACCAGGGGGUCAAGGUCUUCCUGAUCUCGGCCAGCUCCAAGGACACGGGCCAGCUGUAUGCAGCCCUGCACCACCGUAUCCUCGCCCUGCGCAGCCGAGUCGAGCAGGAACAGGAGGCCAAGACGCCAGCCCCUGAGCCGGGGGCUGCCCCAUCCAACGAGGAGGACGACAGUGACGACGACAACAUGCUGGCUCCCUCGGGAGCGGCCGCAGCCGGUGCCGGUGAAGAAGGCGAGGGCCAGACAGCCGGGAGCACAUAGCGGCCGGGGCCCCGUGGCACUCGGGGCUGCUGCUCUGGCCGUCCUACCACCACCCGCCCCUCCCCACGAGCAGCACACCCGGCGGGGUCGGCCUCGGCGGAGCCGCACGUCCUGGGCCGGAGGAGCCUCGGGAGCUGACUGUGGUUGGGGACGUGAGCCCUCAUCAUAUUGAUGAGCAAACAAAAGAGCCUUCCCCUGAAUUGAAACGGCACAUUAGACUUGUCACGGCUUCUCACUGGCUGGGCUGGGCCACCUCCUUUCUUCCCCCCGCCGCAGGGGGCCGGGGCGCCGCGGGCUCUGGGCCCCGCAGUGCGUGUCGGCGCGGGGCCAGUGGAUGUUCCGUUUACUACCAUCUUGAUCUCCCGUUCCCAGCUUCUGAUUUGGGGGUUUAUAUUUUACAGAUCGUACGUUUGGUUUGGUUUUGGUUUGUUCAAAGGCUUUGUUUUUGGUCUUUGGGAUGACGAUGUUCUCGGGGUCAGGGAGGGCCGCACUCAGCUCCCCGAGGUCCCUGCUGCAGCGGGCCUGGGCUCCCCCAGACUGAGUCUUGGGCUGCAGAAGGCACCCCACAUCGUCCCUGUGACCCCCGCACCGUCCACCUCCAUGUCACAUGGGUCACCCAGCAUCUGGCACCUGCGGCCUGCUCCUGGCCAUUUCCCGGACUGUCUGGGGCUGGGGCCUUCCUGGAGGAGGCAGAGGGGCUGGCCACAGACCACAGGCUGCCCUCCAUGCACAGAGCACACGUGGGAGCGGGCCCCGGGGAGGCAGAGGGUCCCGAGCACAGAGCCUCAUUGAGAGGCCGGCGGAAGUCUCCCAGCUUCCCCUUGGUUGGCCAAGGGGCUGGCCACGGGCUGGGCCUGCCCAGCAGCCAGCAGGCCUGAGCGGGGGACACAGCAGCGGCCCACCUGGACCACACGCCUCUACUUGGAAGCCUUAGCCAGCUAGUGACAAAAGCAGACAAUGCCCUCGUGUGUUUGGAAACAUUUAUGUGAAACUGUCAAAUGAAAUGCAUUUCGAAACUACAUUAAAACUUUUACCUAAACC